GUUCCAGGAGACUAACGAAUUCCAAAAACUUCCAAGCAUAAAAGAUGUCAUCUUUCCUGGCGGUGCCGUUGAAACAUACGAACGAGGUGGACUUGGUGAAACCAUUAAUGAGUUAUGUCGAGAAUAUUUAUCAAUCAUCGAGUGAACUAAGCUCGGAAAUUAGAGAAGCGAUGCAAGAACUGAAUAAGAUGCGAAACAAAGCCUGCAAUCAACCCUUGGAUAAACAUCAGAGUGCUCUGGAUGUCCUGACGAGAUAUUACGAUCAGCUGGUGGCUAUCGAAAACAAAAUACCAAUCACUGCUACUCAAAAUCCUAUCAACUUUAAAUGGAAGGAUGCCUUCGAUAAAGGCUCAUUGUUUUUCGGCCGAGCUUCACUGACUUUAAGUGAUGGUGCAUUCGAAAGAGCCGCUGUUUUAUUCAAUUGUGGCGCUUUGAUGUCGGCGAUUGCAGCUUCUCAACCAAUGCGUACUGACGAGGAACUGAAAACAGCAGCGAAAUUUUUUCAACAAUCGGCUGGUAUCUUUGCACAUCUGAAGGAUACGAUCCUAGGGAUUGUACAACAAGAACCAACUCCGGACCUUAUGCCUGAUACAUUGUCAGUGCUUUCGGCAAUUAUGCUAGCUCAAGCACAGGAAGCCAUCUACAUCAAAGCUGAAAAAGAUAAAAUGAAGCCACUUGCACUGAUAAAAUUAGCUGCACAAUGCGCGGAGAAUUAUCAUGAAGCUCAGAAGCAACUGCAAAAAGAUGUCGUGAGAGGUUUAUUUGACAAGGAAUGGACAAAUACUUUAAAAGGCAAAGCUUUUGGACUUUCAGCGCUCGCUCAAUAUCAUAAAGCAGUGGACAAUGCAGAUUCGAAGAAUAUAGGUGAACAGUUAAGUCGAUUAACUGAAUCACAGUCUCUUAUGCAGCAGGCAGUCAGUUGUAUGCCUCAUGGAACAUUUGAUGUGCAAUAUGCAGCUAUUCAGAAAGCAUAUGCAUCAGCUAAAAAGGAUAAUGACUUCAUUUAUCACGAGAGGGUCGCAGAUUUUCGAAGUUUGCCACACUUACCUAAGGCUGCGGUUGCUAAAAUCACACCUGUUACUUUUCCAAUGACACCACGAUUUAAAGACAUGUUUUCAAAUCUUGUACCGGUUCAAGUACAUCAAGCUACAGCAUCUUUUGAUGCUCGAAAGUCGGAAGUUAUCAAUGUAGAAACUGGGCGUCUCCGUGAACAUACUCAAAUAAUGAAUGGGAUAUUGGCAUCUCUAAAUUUGCCCGCCGCCUUGGAUGACGUGACAAAUCACGAAAUAUUGCCAGAAUCCAUUCGACAAAAAUCUUCCAAAGUUAAGUCCUUGGGUGGGAUUGAUGCCCUUACAAGUCUCAUUGCUGAUUUGCCAAAUAUUCACAAAAGAAACAAGGAAAUCUUGGAUGAAACUUUGCGGCUAUUAAAUGAAGAAAAGGGAAAUGACGAUCGUUUGCGAUCGCAGUUUAAAGAUAAAUGGACACGUAUGGCUUCUGAUCACCUUACGGCUCCACUUCACCAGGAAUGUGGUAAAUAUCGCGGCAUUCUUCAUGCAGCUUCCAAUGCGGAUGAAACGGUUAAGCAAAAAUUGGAAGAGAAUAGAGAAGGAAUCAAGAAUAUGUAUUGGCACUAUGAUCUGGUGAUAACAUAUAUUACCCGAAAUAUACAGUAUGAUUUUACAGCAGCAAUACCAUGUCUUGAUUCUGCAAGUGCUAACAAGAAUUCAGAAGCUGUGGUAAAACUCAGAAGUUUAAUGGAUGUUGUACAAGAAAUUAAGAUUGGACGGGAGAAAUUAGAAAAGGAAUUCACAAAUGUUCGCUGUGAUAUGAGUCCUAUCUUUCUGAAAGCACUAACCGACAACCAAAUCAUCAAUGAAGAAGAAAUUUCUACUGCCAAAAUUGCUGAAAUAUAUGGCCCGUUAAAGACUAAAGUAAAUGAAAGUAUUAAGAAGCAAGAGGAUUGUUUGGCACUAGUGGAGGUAUGGAAUAAGAAAUUUGGUUCGGAAAAAGCAUCUAGUCAAGGUGCUGUUGAGCGUGAACGAAUUUUGAAGAUAUUGGCCAAUGGGCAUGAUAAAUUCUUAGAGAUUAAGUCGAAUUUAGAUGAAGGAACAAAGUUUUAUAAUGAUUUAACACCUCUACUAUUACGAUUACAACAAAAAGUAUCUGAUUUUUGUUUCGCUCGGCAGACCGAAAAAGAAGAUUUAAUGAAACAAUUACAACAAAACAUUGUUUCCGGUUCUUCAUGUGGCAGUGCACCUCCUCGACCGCCACCACCAAAAACUUCAUCAAAUGCGUCCGUGUCGAACAAUCCAUUCGAUGCAGAAGCACCAAUUCCACCUCCACGCAAUAUUAAUAACUUUCAGGCAACACAGGCAUCACCGAUACCACCUCAAAAUCCGAACUAUCAGCCUCAGCUUUGCAAUUCUCAGCAACAACAGCCGUUUGCAUCUUAUGCUCAAGCACCAUAUGGAUAUCCAGUUCAGCAGACACCUUAUCUGCCGCAGCCCCAAUUUAAUCAAAAUUACACAACACCAUAUCCAGUUGCAUAUCCAGGGACAUACCCUGGAGCCUUCAAUCCUCCUCUGCAUGCAUAUAGUCAUUUUCCUUCGUCGACAAUGUCGCCACAGUGGGGUAAUGUGCCGUCAUCAACGCCACAGUAG